AUGGCUGAAAUCCUCGAAUUUCCGGCAUACAAAACGCGUAUAUCUCAUCAUUGCGUGUCCAUCUGGUGCUCAUUCACUCUCCCCACACAGGAUGAUUUAUUCGGAGAUGCAGAGGAUAGUGACGAUGAUCCCCUUUUAGAUACCGACAGAAGUAUGAGUGGGAUGAAUCGAGUGCAACGGGGAGUGGACUCCGUUGUGGAUGUCAUGAAAGACAAUAUUGGGAAGGUAUUAGAUCGGGGCGAUAGGUUGGAACAAAUUGAGGAGAGAUCAGAGGGAUUAAUGGAGGGUGCAGAAGCUUUCCGAAGUGGGUCCAACCGAGUGCGAAGACAAAUGUGGUGGCAGAAAAUCAGGCUUCAAUUUCUGAUCGGCGGAGUAGUUGCGGUCUUUGUUCUGUUUUUCAUAGUGUGGUGUUUCGUCCUAUGAUGAGGGGGCGUAGGAAUGCUUGUCGUGAUAGUCGCAAUACCGCAACAGUCUCUAGAAUGUUUCUACAGUCGUUGCUGGCGACUAGUAACCACAGUUCGGAUGAAGUGGCCAACGGAACGCUCGCAUUAUACACGGACGCACACGACUGACUUAGGUGCACUUGUAAUGAGAAACGCCUGCUAUCGCAACAAUAUCGUUGAUAUGAUUCGACCUAAGUACUUUAUAAGUCGGGUGUUUGUUGGUCAAGACAUAGCCAUAUGAUGAGGGGGUAUGCAGUCAUAUUUACUAUUGAGGCCAGCUAGUGCUGUGUAGGGCAUGGACAAGCUUCAAUAUAGUCUCACUGAUCAUUACAUCAAAACACGCAAGUGUGCAUUUUUAGUCACUUUUAGAUAAAAAAAAGUCUCUUUUAUAUGACGAUUGUAGUAUGAGUGUCGGAAUGAACGCUCACGAUCAUAUAGCUACUACAUUACCAAAUCGGGGCGGGGAAUUGAGUUUGGAACUCUGCCACAACAGUUCCGAGCAUUCGGGUAUCAAUGAAGCACUAUCUGAGUAAGUAGGGGUGUACAUUGUCAUUUUGAUAGCAAACUUCAUUACUCUGUCGGUUCAACUGAAACCAUUGUUCGUGAAUGGAUGCUUAAAUUUCCGACCCUCAGAAUAUUAUGUGCUGCAUGUCGAUUAUUGCGAAGUACCAUACUGAGGUGUUGAUCAAUGUUUCUUCUCUCGGGACUCGUGACAUUGAAAUUCAAUCGAAAGCAGAAAAAAAAGGAGUAUCAGGACACAGUGGGCAGUUUCAAGAUUAACCCUGGUAUAGGUAUUGCACAAUAUGCAGCAGCAUUACUAAUCGUAGGUUUUAAAGUGAUUGAAAAAGGUCACGGAAACUGGACAGCUAGCAGUACCACACUCGCACUGUAGAGUGAGAGCGUGACUCACUAAAACCUGUAGGGCAUACUAUGCUGGCAAAUAGGUUGAGUAUCUCAAUUGCUGCACUAGAUUUAUUUCACAACACUGAUUGUUUAAAAUUGACGAAGUAGUACACUACCAGGCUUAAUCAAUUGACGAAGUAGCACUAGUAAGCUUAAUCAAUCAAUAACAAUCAAUGCCCAUAAACUUACGCGGCCGCGCAAAGUGCAAGUUGUAAUCGGUACCGACCUGAUCUGAUAAAAUGCAUCAAACACCACCAACUUCUAAUGCCUCCAGCUCUCAACAACCCUCGUAUGUGUAAAAAUAUACAUAAUCGCAUUCUACAAGAUAAGCAUUAAGCAGCCUCUAGAGGAUAAUAUUAAGUAGUACUUAACUUUCGAACGAGAUAUGCUGCUUUAUAUCGAAUGCCAUGGAUGGCCG